AUGUAUUUGAUCUGCGUACUAGGAAACCUUAUUAUUCUUAUCAUCGUUUGCCUGGCUCCCAAACUCCAGACUCCAAUGUACUUCUUUCUAUGUAACUUGUCGGUACUGGACAUCAUCUACGUCUCCGUCAUCUCACCAAAGCUGUUGGUCAUUAUGGUGACUGAAGACACAAGCAUUUCGUACUCUCAUUGCCUUCUUCAAUUAUUCUUUUAUGUCUUCUGUGUGGCCUCCGAGUUUUUCCUAUUAACAACUAUGGCUUAUGACAGAUAUGUGGCCAUUUGUGUUCCGCUGCAUUACAUCGUCCUCAUGAACAAGUGGAUAGGCUCCUUACUAGCAGUUGUGUCAUGGAAUUUGGGUGCCAUAAAUGCCUUGGUGUACACCCUGCUAAUAUCAAAGUUAUCUUUCUCUGAUUCCCAGGAGAUCAAUCAUCUGUUCUGCCACAUGAUGUCAAUCUUGAAGCUGUCUUGUAAUAAUAGUGGACAUAUUGGGAUUUUAAUCAUGGUGAAUGGGUUUAUUUUGGGAUUUAUUUGCAUGAUACUUAUCUUUAGCUCUUAUAUGUAUAUCAUGGCUAGUAUCCUGAAGAUCAAAACAACAUCGGGCAGGCAGAGGGCCUUCUCAAGAUGUUCUUCUCAUAUUACCAUUGUGCUCUUUUUCUGUUUGUCAUCUCUGAGUUUGAACAUGAAAGCAGAAACCGAUCACUCUCAGGAACAGGACAAGCUGCUAUCCAUGAUUUACAUUGCAGUCAUACCAAUGCUUAACCCAUUGGUAUACAGUUUAAGGAAUAAAGAUGUUAUAACGGCUUUGAGAACCAUCACUUAA